UGAAGAUGAUGAGGAUGAUGUCACUACUGCUUCUGUUGCUUGGCCUUGCUGUGACCUACACUGCUGCUGCUGGACCAGGCAGCUGCAUGGGUCGCUGUGGGGAGGUUUUCAGCAGAGGCCAGCGGUGUACCUGUGACUUCAGCUGCCUGCAACAUAACGAGUGCUGCCUCGACUUCCAGGCUACUUGCACCGCUGCUCAGUCCUGUCAGGGCCGCUGUGGUGAGGCGUUCAGGCGCGGUCGGCUGUGCGAGUGCGAUCCACAGUGCAUCCAGUACAACACCUGUUGUCCUAACUACCAGCAACAGUGCGAUGCCAGUAGGUCAGUUUCCCACACCAGGAUUGUCCAGCCUGUGAGGCCUGCAGCUUCAGCAAAUCUGGGAUCAGAGAGCAGCUGGAGGUCCAACAGUGCAAGCGAGGAAUGGUACACAGGUGUGAGGAACAUCCCAGUCGGUCUCCUGCCGAUGUCCAUGCCGGUCUCUCACAGCGGAGCUCCGGUUUCACCAGCACGUGGCUUCUCUCUGCCCAGCCACAGUGCUCUGUCUCUGGGCAGCAGUGCUCCCGUCAGUCCCUCUGAUCCUGGAGCAGUUGAUGGUCCCAGUGGCCCGGCAGUCACAGAGCCCAGACCCAGCACCCUGCAGGACGUGGCCCAGGCCUUGGGUCUGGUGGAAGGAGGCUCUGAGGGACCAGGGACAGGUCUCCUUGCUGAUGCCAACCUGUGCAGUGAUUCUCCCAUCAAUGGACUGACAGCUCUCAGCAAUGGGACCAUUCUGAUAUUUAAAGGUGAUCUGUUCUGGACAGUGGACGCUGUGAGUCGCUCAGUGGGUCAUCCACAGAGCAUCACGGACACCCUGGGCGUCCCCUCCCCCAUCGACACCGUCUUCACACGCUGCAACUGCCGCGCACACACCUACAUCAUCAAGGGAGAACAGUACUGGCGUCUAGACGGGAACAUGGUGAUGGAGCCGGGCUACCCCAAACCUCUGGUCUCUGAGUUCCCAGGUCUGACAGGAAGCAUCAGCGCUGCACUGGCAGUAGCAGCCAGCAGCAGCACAGCAGAGACUGUGUACUUCUUUAAGAGGGGAGACAUCAUGCAGAGGUUCACCUUCCUACCAGGCAGCACUCCCUCCUGCAGCAAGACACAAAGGGGCUCCUCGAGGAGACGCGCCGCUCGCCAGGCUGUUCUUCUCAGUGGAGAGAUCAACGUCAAAGUGUCUCUGAUGGGAUUCCCCACCCCGGUCACCUCGGCCCUGUCCAUGCCCAGUCCUCAGAGGAGAGACCCGUACGAGCACUACGUCUUCUCUGGACCUUUCUUCUUCAGUGUCCAGAUUUCAGGUGACCUGCCAGCACUGACCAAACCUCACCCGUCUGCAGCCCUCGUGCCCAUCCUCAGCCCCGUCACCGUGGUAACCAGCGUGGCCGCUCAAAAUGCCAACGCUCCCCUGCCGGCCAACUCCAUCAGAGUCUGGCUACGCUGUCCCUAGAAGACAAGAGCUUCUGGUGUUUUCUGUCUCAGCACGACAAAUUCUACUCAGGAAAUAUGUCUACUGAGCAAUAAGCAACAACUUACUAUUUUUCUUUGUUCCAAAAAUUUACUUCCAUGAAUUUAUAACUAUGUCAACACAAAUUUAGACACAUAAGAGAUAACUUCUGCUAGAGUAAAAGCGUUUCACUUCCCAUGGCUGUGUAGUGGGUAGAAUUUAUUCAUUUGGAAGAUUUUCAAAAAUAAUGAACAAUAAUAUAAAACCUAACUAAGAUAUGGCUGUAAUGCCACAUCCUUGCACUGCUAAUUGAAAAGCCCUGGCUGUUUGUCCUCUCGGUCCACUCAGACUCACUGGACUAAUUAUACAAAGCACGCAUAUUCGCUGAUACUCAUCAUUCAACUUUAUUGAUAAAACAAGUGUAUCAACAGCACAAAAGUGGAGCAAUACGAAGUUACCAACAAAAUGACAACGCUCUCAUAGAUGAAUGAUAAACAAAAAAUGACAAAACUAAAAACUCUCACAAACAAUGUGUCCAUAGAACAUGUCAGAGAAAGUAACACACACACGUGUAAUAUCAGGGUUAUUGAUUUUUGAUUGACUAUCUCAAAAUUCAACAACAAAAAUAAAAUAACGUGGGAACAUAAGCAUCGUCUUUUCAUUCGGCCGAGUUGAUACUGGUGACAUCAUCAUCAGGCGAAGCUCCCUCUGCCCAUGGCUCCUCCCCUUCCUCCCCGAAAGAA